AUGUCAACAUCCACCCCUCGCACCCACCGACCGUCCCAUCCACCGCACAGCGAGCGCCGCGAACGCACCGCAACAGCUCGCCCCAGCACACCCCCGCUCCCAGCCUACGAACCGCCCAGCGCGCCGCUCAACGCCACCGCCCAAAACGAACUCAUCAAUCUCCUCAGCGCGCCAUCACUGCGGCAGCUCAAGAGUCACGUGCAGCGCGUGGAGGAGAAGCUCGCGGACUCGGCGGGGGAGGUGAAUGAGCGGCUGACGGAUGCGCGGGUGCGGUAUCAGAAGGAGAAGGCGCGGAAGCGGAAAGUCCGGGAGGGUGAGGGGGAUGAUGAGGAGGGAGGUGAUGAGGAGGGCGAUGGGGAUGGGGAUGGGGAGGAGUUGGAGCGGCUUGCGCGGUUGGAGGAGCGGGUGAAGAGCGUGACGGAGGAGUUGGAGGGGCGGAUGCGGCGCGCGAUUGAUGCGGAGGUGCGCGUGGAGGGAAUGAGUGGUGUAUUGACGGCGCUGGGGAAAGAGGCGGAGGAGGGGGCUGUGUCUGGUGGACGAGGCCGGCGGGGCGCGAGAGGGGGAGCGGGACGGACGAGGAGGACUCGGCGGCGGAGACGGGAUGUUGGGGCGGAUGGAGACGACGACGGAAGCGACGAGGAAGAUGAUGAGGCAGGGGAUGAAGAGUACGAAGCGACGCCGGAGCACGAAGACCGCCGGCCCACUGUCCCGCCGAGUCGCAGACUCGUCGAGCAGAUGGACGAGGAGUCCGCUCGCUGGGAGAACCAAUCCCUCACCCAGCGGUACUUACCCCCCUACAACUCUACCCUUCCUCCCACUCAAACCCAGCUAACAAACACGGAUAUUCCCACCAGCUACUCCACGAGCAACACCUACAUCGGCUUCUACCGCAUCGUCCACGAGGCAAAACACCCCGGCGACGACAUCCCCCCACUCCCCCACGCCUCAACCUGGUUCUCCCACCUCGAAGACCCAGCCUCCAUCACAACCACUACCACCACCACCGCUACAUCCCCCACAACCCGGCGCACACGCCAACACAACCACAACCCGCCCCCCACCUCCGCCUCCGACUCCGACGACAUCGCCAUCGAGCGCGAACGCAUCUCCCUAAAAUGCCCGCUCACACUCCUCCCCUUCCGCGACCCCGUCACCAGCACAAAAUGCCCGCAUAGUUUCGAGCGCGCCGCCAUAGACGAUAUGAUCACGCAGAGCUCGACCACCGUAGCGGCGCAACCAGGUGCAGGUGCCGGCGCCGGCACCCGCGGCCGCCGCGUCCGCGCCGUCAAGUGUCCUGUGUGCUCGGUUUUGCUAACUGUCGCGGACCUGCGAGCGGACCCAGUGCUUCUGCGGCGGGUGCGGCGCGCGGAGGCGGCGUCGCAGCGUGAGGCGGAGGAUGAGGAAUUUGAUGAGGAUGGAAAUCGGCGGCGGCGGGGGAAGGGUGGGAGGAAGAGCGGGAUUACGGUGGGGAGUGAUGAUGAGGAUGAGGAUGCGGAUAUGGAGGAUGGAGGACGGGAAGGUUCUGGGACCGGAACCAGGUCCGAGGAGAUGGCUAGUCAGGCGGUGCAAGUCAAGCAAGAAAGGGCCCUGUCGCAAGCGCAGAGUACGUUGUCCGACGAGAUGGACGAUGCCGAGGACUAG